UGUAAACAAACAGACGAAAAGGACGGACACUUACGCAAACUACAAUUCUCCCGGCAUAUUCUAGAGAGUGUAUUUUGACAGAACUGAUGAAAUGAUGUUAAGGAAGGCUUUACAAUGUGGAUGGCGGCUACCAAGAGUUGCAUGCAACAGUAAUAUUGCAGAAGUCUUUUCUGCAAAGAAUGAAGCAGUUUUUCAAUGUGUAAAUCUACAAACUGUCAGUCAUAGAAAGAUAUCAUAUACUCCUAUUCGGCAUGAAUCCAGGGAAAGACAUGAAACAGAAACUCGUGUUUCCUUGCAAGGAUACUUCAGCUCAGAAGACAAGUCCAAGGAGACAUUUCUAGCAGCAUGCCAAGUUUUCAAAGAAAGAAGUAGACACUUGAGAGGCCAUGUGGAAUUUAUUUAUGCUGCUUUAAGGCACAUGGAAAACUUUGGUGUACAGAAAGACUUAGAGACAUACAAGGAGCUGUUAAACUUGAUGCCUAAAGGGAAGAUGAUACCUCAGAAUGUCUUUCAAGCUGAAUUCAUGCAUUAUCCGAAACAACAACAAUGUGCCAUUGAUGUUCUGGAGCAAAUGGAAACAAAUGGAGUAAUGCCAGAUACUGAGAUGGAGAUGAUUCUUAUGAAUGCUUUUGGAAAAUACAGCCAUCCUAUUCGCAAAUAUGGCAGAAUGAUGUACUGGAUGCCCAAAUUCAAGAAUGCAUCUCCAUGGAGUUUACCAGAUAUAGUUUCCAAUGAUGCAUUUGAAUUAGCAAAACUGGCAGUGGCUCGCAUGUGCACAGUCGACUCUACAUCCAAGAUCACUGUAUAUGAUACCAAAGAUGUAGAAGAUGCAGUAGAUGACACUUGGAUAGUUAGUGGCCAGAGUGUUAUACAACAAGAACUGCUAGAGAAGCUUCAAGAUGGAGAGCCUAUCAAGGUUGAGGGCCCUUUCCGAAUAUUUUUACGUGAUAAGUUAGUUGGGUACUUCAUUCUUAGAGCGGAAGCUAGGCCUCCACCUGAGCCACAGAAAAAAGAAGAUACUGAUGAUGUUGGGUCUAUAAAAUUCUGGUUCACUGGUGAAAUUGAAGAAGAUACAGCAGUUGCUGUUCCCCAAAGUGUACAUGAACAAGAGGAUGGUGUUAUUCUUGCAAUAUGUGCAACAGGUACAUCGAGUCGUGAUUCUUUGCUGUCAUGGAUACGAUUAUUGGAAGCCACCAACCCCAACAUAUCCAAUUUGCCGGUGUUGUUCACACAGGCCAGUCCAGUUGGGGAAGUUAUGGUGUCAGAUGAACAGGCUGAGGGGCAGGUAGAAACAACGGCUUAAUAUAUGAGUUCUUUCUAUGCAGACACUUUUUAUAUACAAAAUAGAGACUGUAAAGUGAAAAGGCUUUAGAAAAAUAAGCUGUUCUUGUGUAUAUAUAUUUUUUUCCAAUAAAACCCUAAAUUGAUUGUU